CUGACGAUUGAGUUAUGAGAAAUGGAAAACCUUAAAUGCAAAUCAGAUACCAAAAUCACAUUAUUAGUUAAAGCACUUGAUCUUUGUCAAUUAGGAUUCAGGCAAAGACUUUCUGUCUUAUUUAAUCCUCAGAACUAGCUUUUGGGUUUUCCUUCCCCAGUUAUGACCCUAAUCUUCCUGUAGUACACUGAAUUCCUUCCUUGCACCUACUUGGCCAAGCUGACUCUUUUUGAUUAAAAGUGAACUGUGAGUUAGUGUGAAGUUUGAGAUAAAUGUAUUUUUAUAGGGAUGCCUCAAGCCAGUUUGCAAGAGGCUUUUAAUUGCUCAGUAUUUUCUGUGAUGCAUGGUCGUUAUUGUGACCCGUCAUUGUGCUCUGUUGAAACAGUGGAAUGUUUUAUUUACUCUGCAGUGUUGCAUGAGAUUGAAUCGUGGAGAAGCACAAAGUAGUGGCAGCAAACCGUUUCAGUGAAGUUAUCCACAUUGACAGUAAGAGAGCAUACCGGAGCAGGAAGCUCAGUUCUAGCCAGCUACUCAUGUUCUACUCAUUGAAAGCCACUGACAAGUUGUAAGGCAUGUAUUGAUACAAAGUACAACAUAAAGCACAAAAAUAUAAUAGGAAAAGAAUAUGAUUUACAGACGAAUCUUAAACAUUAUAGCUCACUGGCUGUAUCUGAAAAUUCUUGAGUGAAUGUGUUUGGUUAUUUCUCCCAGGUUAACUUGCCACUGUGCUUACUGAGGGUUAAGGCAGACGAUUAAAAUGUAGGUGAACUAGAUGACUAUAAAUAAUGAAUCAUAAUAAAUGUUCAGUGAUGUAAUGUUAAUGUCACUGCUCAGUGUGACUUACUGAUUAAUGGCUUUUUUGUAGCUACAGUGAGGGAGCAUGUGCAGAGCAACCCAGUGGUAAACAGGUUAAAACAGGUUAUUAGUUUUCUCAUUACAAUUCAUUACCUCUAGCAGUUUACCUCUGUUUUGGUGAAACACAGCGAUCUACAAUUCAUCUAUAAAAGAGGUUGAUGAGCUGAUUGUUUUCUUUCAGGUCAAACAUGUGGGUUUUGGUGUCCCCGAUGCUUCCAUCAGCUUUUGUAGUGAUACUUCAUAACCUGAAGAUGUCACUCUUAAUUGGCCUAUUAUCUGACUCUAAAACAGUCCAUAUCCUGAAGCAAGAGUGGCCCAAACACUGGCCCACCUUCAUCAGUGACAUUGUGGGGGCAAGUCGCACCAGCGAGAGCCUCUGUCAGAACAACAUGGUCAUUCUCAAGCUGCUCAGUGAGGAAGUCUUUGACUUUUCCAGUGGCCAGAUGACCCAGGUCAAGGCCAAGCACCUAAAAGACAGCAUGUGCAAUGAAUUCUCCCAGAUAUUCCAGCUUUGCCAGUUUGUUAUGGAAAAUUCACAGAAUGCCCCCCUGGUUCACGCCACUCUGGAAACCCUCCUACGUUUUCUCAACUGGAUUCCUCUGGGAUACAUCUUUGAAACCAAACUGAUCAGCACACUGGUGUAUAAGUUCUUGAACGUGCCCAUGUUUCGCAAUGUGACACUGAAGUGCCUCACAGAGAUUGCCGGUGUGAGCGUCAGCCAGUAUGAGGAGCAGUUUGUCACACUCUUUACCCUGACCAUGUGUCAACUCAAACAGAUGCUGCCACUGAACACCAACAUUCGGCUGGCCUACGCCAACGGGAAAGAUGACGAGCAGAACUUCAUCCAGAAUCUCAGUCUUUUCCUCUGUACUUUCCUUAAAGAGCACGGGCAGCUCAUUGAGAAGCGGCUCAACCUCAGAGAAACUUUAAUGGAGGCCCUCCACUACAUGCUGCUGGUGUCAGAGGUGGAAGAGACCGAGAUCUUUAAAAUUUGUCUCGAGUAUUGGAACCACUUGGCUGCUGAGCUCUACAGAGAGAGUCCCUUCUCUACAUCCACGUCCCCCCUGCUCUCUGGCAACCAGCACUUUGACGUGCCACCACGCAGACAGCUCUAUCUUCCUGUACUCUCUAAGGUGCGUCUGCUGAUGGUAAGUCGGAUGGCCAAGCCGGAGGAGGUGUUGGUGGUGGAGAAUGACCAGGGAGAGGUGGUCAGAGAGUUUAUGAAGGACACUGAUUCAAUCAACCUCUACAAGAACAUGAGGGAAACCCUUGUGUACCUGACUCACCUGGACUAUGCAGACACAGAACGCAUAAUGACAGAGAAGCUCCACAACCAGGUGAACGGUACUGAAUGGUCCUGGAAGAACCUCAACACACUGUGCUGGGCCAUAGGGUCCAUCAGUGGAGCUAUGCACGAGGAGGAUGAGAAGAGGUUCCUGGUCACUGUCAUCAAGGAUCUGUUGGGUCUGUGUGAGCAGAAGAGGGGCAAGGACAACAAGGCCAUCAUAGCCUCCAACAUCAUGUAUAUUGUUGGCCAGUAUCCACGCUUUCUCAGAGCCCACUGGAAGUUCCUCAAAACUGUGGUCAAUAAACUCUUUGAGUUCAUGCAUGAGACCCAUGAUGGUGUACAAGACAUGGCCUGCGACACCUUCAUCAAGAUCGCCCAGAAGUGCCGACGCCACUUUAUCCAGGUGCAGGUGGGAGAGGUGAUGCCCUUCAUCGAUGAGAUCCUCAACAACAUCAACACCAUCAUUUGUGAUCUUCAACCUCAACAGGUGCACACGUUCUACGAGGCAGUAGGUUAUAUGAUUGGGGCCCAGACAGAUCAGGCUGUUCAAGAGCACCUGAUAGAAAAAUACAUGCUGCUGCCCAAUCAAGUGUGGGACAGCAUCAUCCAGCAGGCCACAAAGAACGUGGACAUCUUGAAGGACCCAGAGACUGUGAAACAGCUGGGGAGCAUCCUGAAGACCAAUGUCAGGGCCUGUAAGGCUGUGGGACACCCAUUUGUCAUCCAGCUGGGACGGAUUUACCUUGACAUGCUCAACGUCUACAAGUGCCUCAGCGAGAACAUCUCUGCUGCCAUUCAGACAAAUGGUGAGAUGGUGACAAAACAGCCCUUGAUCCGGAGUAUGAGAACGGUCAAACGAGAGACAUUAAAACUAAUCUCCGGCUGGGUCAGUCGAUCAAACGACCCACAGAUGGUAGGGGAGAACUUUGUUCCACCGCUGCUGGAUGCCGUCCUCAUCGACUACCAACGCAAUGUCCCCGCUGCCCGUGAGCCCGAGGUCCUCAGCACCAUGGCAACCAUUGUCAACAAGCUCGGGGGACACAUCACCAGCGAGAUACCCCAGAUCUUUGAUGCUGUCUUUGAGUGCACCCUAAACAUGAUCAACAAGAACUUUGAGGAAUAUCCAGAGCACAGGACCCACUUCUUCUACUUACUGCAAGCUGUAAACUCUCACUGCUUCCCUGCGUUCCUCGCUAUCCCCCCUGCCCAGUUCAAACUGGUGCUGGACUCCAUCAUCUGGGCCUUCAAACACACCAUGAGGAAUGUGGCUGACACUGGUCUGCAGAUUCUCUACACGUUGCUGCAGAAUGUGGCCCAGGAGGAAGCAGCCGCCCAGAGUUUCUACCAGACGUAUUUCUGCGAUAUCCUACAACACAUCUUCUCGGUGGUCACGGACACAUCACAUACCGCUGGCCUGACGAUGCACGCAUCCAUCCUGGCCUACAUGUUCAACCUGGUGGAGGAGGGGAAGAUCACGACAGUGCUUAACCCUGCCAGCCCCACCAACAACCAGGUUUUCAUCCAGGAAUACGUGGCCAACCUGCUCAAGACUGCCUUCCCUCACCUACAAGAUGCUCAGGUGAAGGUGUUUGUGACCGGGCUGUUCAGCUUAAACCAGGACAUUCCUGCCUUCAAGGAACACCUUAGGGACUUCCUUGUCCAGAUAAAGGAGUUUGCAGGCGAGGACACCUCAGACCUGUUCCUGGAGGAGAGGGAGGCAUCACUUCGUCAGGCCCAGGAGGAGAAACACAAGAUACAGAUGUCAGUCCCGGGCAUCCUCAACCCUCAUGAGAUCCCAGAGGAGAUGUGUGACUGAGCACCAGAUCAACCAAACUGUACAGUACUCCAAACAAACAAACAAACACAAACAAAUCCUAACCACAGCAACUACAAACAAAACCCAAGAGAGGCACUUGAGUGUGGUGGGAGGCCGCUCGCCCACUGCAGAGCGGAUUGUCCCAUUGGUUGUUUCUUGACCAAAACAAUGCCAACAAUAUGUAAAUGAUUACCGCGUCACCCUGUGGCCCUUUUUACAUAAUCUGCGUUUUCUAUGGAGACUUUUUGUGUGAUAUCUUUCCAGAACUGUUAGUCUAAGCUUAUGUUUUGUUGGCCCAUCCCAAGACCUGCAUGAUUAGGACAACUUAACCAUCUUGUUUUUGUUCUGUUCCCUUCACUCCCCCCCCAUGUUCUUUUUCCCAGCUCUUCCCAUAUAUUUGUUUAUAUAUAAAUAUAUUAUAUAUACAGUCUGAGCAGGGUUUUUGUGGAGAGAAAAAAAAAAAAUCAGCAUAUCUGUCAAGAUGGCAUUGAGGCUUCUAGACCUGUGGUGUGAACGACAGGAAGUGGUCCUUUAUAGCACCGCUUCUUUGGUGCCCCACGGCAUUGUGGGAGAAUGUGAAUCUAACGGAUAAUGAAUGAAGGUUGAGAGAUGCUGCUUCAUGUUUCAGCAUCUGUUGCUCAUGAGUUAUGCUUCACCUAAAAAAUAAAAACAAACAAAAAAAAAAGUGUUGGCUGCUGCCGGCAGGAGGUUUUUAGGGAAAGCAAAACCGAAUAUGUGCAUAUCAUCCCAAUUGUAUAGCAUCUUUAAUACCAUGGGAACAUUUUUUUCCUUUUAUUCUAUUGUUUCUUUUUGUUGUGGGUGUGUGCGCGUGUGUGCUGUCGCCUAGUCGACAUCAGCGUUUUGUUUUCCUCUAAGAGGAUUGUUGCUCAUUUGUGAGCCUUCAUUAAUGGGAUGUUUUAAGGAAGUGGCGGAGGUAUUUAUGGGUUCUUAGUUGGUUGCAUCUUUAUAACAGCUCCUGUUUAACUCAGAAGGCUUUGAAGAUUUUGAAUUGUACUAAUUUAGAUUGUUUACCAUGCAGUAGUGCUUCAAGACACUACCUUUAGAGCAAAAUGAAAAAUUAAACUGGGUUUACAUUUAAUUUUGUAUUUUUGCAUUUUUCAUUUGUACCUGUUUGAGUUCUGUCCAAAUAAACAAAAGGCUUUUUGUCCAGAGAGCAAAUGCAUUGCCAACGAGUUUAAUUAGGAAAAGAAUGUAUAAAUCCAAAUAAGUACCCAAUCUCUAAUGGCAAAUUUCCCUUCUCAAGGUGUUACAUUUGUUGUGAACUUUUUGAACUGAUUAAAGUUGAGAAUUUUAUAA